AUCAUUCGCUGUCAACAGCCAUGGGAAAGAUCACCUUCUAUGAGGACCGGGGCUUCCAGGGCCGCUGCUACGAGUGCAGCACCGACUGCCCCAACCUUCAGACCUACUUCAGCCGCUGCAACUCCAUCCGUGUGGACAGUGGCUGCUGGAUGCUCUAUGAGCGCCCCAACUACCAGGGCUACCAGUACUUCCUGAGGCGCGGCGACUACCCCGACUACCAGCAGUGGAUGGGCUUCAGCGACUCCAUCCGCUCCUGCAGGGCCAUUCCUUACACCAGCUCUCAUCGGAUAAGACUAUAUGAGAGAGAUGACUACCGAGGCCUUGUAUCAGAGCUCACCGAAGAUUGCUCCUGCAUCCAUGACCGCUUCCGUCUCAAUGAGAUCUACUCAUUGCACGUGCUGGAGGGCUGCUGGGUCCUCUAUGAGCUGCCCAACUACAGGGGCCGGCAGUACCUGCUGAGACCUGGGGACUACAGACGGUACCACGACUGGGGGGCCAUGGAUGCCAAAGUCGGCUCUCUGAGACGCGUCAUCGAUGUGUACUAGGUGGUGCCUUUCUUGUAAUGAUCCACAUGGAGAUGCAAUAAAAUAAAAGUUGUGUUGCGGGCACUAA